AUGAAUACCCCGCAGGCCGCAGAAUGGCUCCCGUCCUUCCUCGUUCCAUUCUUUACGCUCUCGUAUCCGACGGAAAAACCUAUCUAUACCGACUCUUUCCACGACUCCGCGUACUUUAGCACGGGUCUCUUGGACGGAUGUCUGAUUAUAUCAUACAUUGCCAUCAUGGCGAUACUACGUGACUUCACGCGCAUCUAUGUUUUGGAACCGUUUGCCAGGUGGAAACUCACUCGGGAUUGGGAGAGAUCUCUACGGCCUACAAUCGACGGAACCGGUACACCCAACGGGUCAGCCGCAAACGGAUGCACAGUGCAUACCGGCAAGGAAGACGCGUCCCCAUCCAUGUCCAAAAAGCAAGCACGGAAAAUGCAUAGGAGCGUGCUGAGAUUCGCCGAACAGGGUUGGUCAGCCAUAUACUAUUCCAUUCAAUUUUCGUAUGGUCUGUAUGUGCACUGCCAACUUCCCACCCGCGUCCUGAAUCCUACGGCCCUCUGGUUGAAUUACCCCCAUGCUCCUCUUGCCGGACCCCUUAAGCUGUACUACAUAACUCAGACUGCGUUCUAUUCGCACCAGAUGUUCAUUCUCAAUGCAGAGGCUCGCAGAAAAGACCACGGGCAAAUGAUGACGCACCAUGUCAUCACAGUUUUUCUCUUAGUUGCAAGCUACUUUACUAACUACACCCGUAUCGGAUGUCUCAUUGCCGUUAUAAUGGAUUUCAGUGACAUUCUCUUACCUAUCGCCAAAAUGUUCCGAUACAUCGGCUUGUAUACCCUAUGUGACAUAACGUUUGGCUCGUUCCUUGUCUCUUGGCUCAUCACUCGGCAUGUGCUGUUUGUGAUCGCUAUCAAGUCAGCAUGGUUUGACUCCGUUCGGCUCGUACCAGAGAAUUCGUGGGCGCCGGAGCGGGGCGCGUACUUCUCCGAAAUUACGAACAAUACUUUCGUCAGCUUGCUGGUAUUCUUGGAGAUACUUCAAGUUGUAUGGUUCUGGAUGAUAUGUCGGGUGGCAUGGCGCGUUUUGACCGGUCAAGGUGCGUCAGACCACCGUAGCGACGAAGAGGACAUUGUAGAGGACAAGGGCGAUUGA